AUGACGCGCAGAGUCCCUUCCGACACCACAGAUGCCUCGCCUCUCGGCAAGCCGCUGCAUUUCGAGUUCAGCGGUAAGACGGCUCCCAACCGCUUUCUGAAAGCAGCCAUGACCGAGAGACUGUCGUCGUGGGAUGCCCAAAACUUGGAAAAACGUGGCAUUCCCUCCAAAGAGCUGCAGAACGUCUACAAGCGAUGGGGCGAAGGAGGGAUUGGCCAUAUACUGACCGGAAACAUAAUGAUUGCUUACGAUCAGCUGGAGGCAGCCGGCAACCCAAUCAUCCCCCUGGAGGCAAAGUUUGAGGGUCCCAGAUUCGAGGCUUUCAAGGAACUCGCAACCUUGGCAAAAGCUCACGGCAGCCUCAUCACUGGCCAAGUCAGCCACCCUGGCCGACAAUGUGAAAAUCGCAUUCAAAAGGACCCAGUCUCUGCCAGUGACGUUCAGCUGGAGGGUGAGAUCAUGGGCAUGAAGUUCAACAAGCCCCAUGCUGCCUCCAAAGACGAAAUCAAAGAUAUCAUCAACCGUUUCACACAUGCUGCAGUAUUCUUGCACAAGGCUGGAUAUGACGGCAUCCAGUUGCACGGCGCACACGGAUAUCUUCUUGCCCAAUUCUUGGCGCAGACGACCAACAAGCGAACGGAUGAGUAUGGCGGCUCUUUGGAGAACCGUGCCAGGAUUACUCUCGAAAUUGCAGAGUCAAUCCGGAAAGAGCUGCCGGCAGCCUCGACGGGCUUCAUGAUUGGAAUCAAGAUCAACAGCGCCGAGUUCCAAAAGGGUGGCUUCACUGCAGAUGAAGCCAAGGAGCUAUGCCAUCUGUUGGAAAACGCCGGAUUUGAUUUUGUGGAAUUGAGCGGAGGUACUUAUCAGAGUCUUGCCUUCCACCACGAGCGGGAGAGCACCAGGAAACGCGAAGCAUUCUUCCUCGAGUUUGCUGACAAGAUUGUCCCCGGUUUGACCAAAACCCGGACGUACAUCACAGGUGGCUUUCUGACCGUCGAUGGUAUGUCAAACGCACUGAAGACUGUCGAUGGUGUCGGCCUAGCUCGCCCUCUGUGCCAGGAGCCGAGGCUUGCAAAGACGCUGCUGGAUGGCAAGGCCUCAGGUGCCAUCGAUCAGCAGGUCGACAGAGAUAACUUUGGUCUGACCAACGUCAUUGCCGGGAGCCAAAUUCGGCAGAUCGGUCGCGACCAGGAGCCCAUAGAUAUGAGUGUCAAGGACAAUGUUGACGCCUUCAUGAAGGACAUGGGUGUGUGGGGCCAGCGUAUGGCUGAGGACGCCACCAAGAUGAAUAUGUAUGGCUAUGUCGACAUCGAAUCGGUGAGGUCGGAUGCGUACGGAACCGCCCAGGCAUAG